AUGUCUGUUACCAGUACUGAACAAAGGUAUAGUGGUAAGUAUAGUUCGUAUACAGCCCAAGAUCGCCAAGGGCUUGUCAAUGCAGUGACAUGUGUUCUUAGCUCAUCAAGCGAGCCAGUGGCCGUAUCAGGCGACUAUUCUAAUAACUUAAGUAUUGCAAGAGAGGUUAAUGCGUAUGCCAAAAUUGCUGGAUGUGAUUGGACCUACUAUGUGCAGAAAUUAGAAGUCACUAUUGGUCGGAACACAGACACUCUGAGCAUGAAUACCAUUCCAGGCACUAUUGUGAAGAAGAAUAUAGACAUUGACCUUGGUCCUGCCAAAAUUGUGUCUAGAAAGCAUGCUGCUAUCAGGUUUAACUUAGAGAGUGGAUUGUGGGAACUACAGAUAUUUGGCAGGAAUGGUGCGAAGGUCAAUUUUAGAAGAAUUCCCACAGGUCCAGACUCUCCUCCCACAGUGCUACAAUCGGGAUGUAUUAUAGACAUUGGCGGAGUCCAAAUGAUUUUUAUACUGCCGGAACAAGAAACCAUCAUUUCGGAUUAUUGUCUGAAUCACCUCAUGCCCAAGUUGUUAUCCACGUAUGGCACCAAUGGUAACAAUAACCCGUUGUUACGUAAUAUCAUCGAAGGUUCUACAUAUUUAAGGGAGCAAAGAUUACAAGAGGAAGCUCGAUUACAAAGACUAGACCACCUGCACACCCCAUUAUCAUCUUCAUCAGAAGUUAACGCAUUAGCAGAUCCGCAUGGAGAUACAAUCAUGGUGGAGGAAGAAGACGAAGACGAAAAUUAUUCGAGAGGGGGGAUUAGACCAAAUACUUACACGUCCACUAGCAACAGUGUUAUCCAUAACAACGCUUCACCCCACAUAGAAAACCCGUCAGACUUGUCGCUAGAUGAAAACAGAUACAUCAAACCACCACAGUCAUACGCAUCGAUGAUCACCCAAGCGAUUCUUUCAACACCUGAUGGCAGUAUUUCAUUGGCGGAUAUUUACAAAUUUAUCUCGGAUAACUACGCAUUUUAUAGGUUUUCUCAGAUGGCAUGGCAAAACUCCGUGAGGCAUAACCUGUCGCUAAAUAAAGCCUUCGAAAAGGUGCCCAAGAGAGCCGGUCAGCAAGGCAAGGGGAUGAAUUGGAAAAUCAGUGAUGAGGUUAGACGCGAUUUCCUCAAUAAAUGGAAUGCUGGUAAGUUAAGUAAGAUUAGACGGGGUGCAUCAGUGACAAGACAAUUACAAUUACACAUGUCAAAAUUUGGAGAAAUACCUACCCCCGCGUCUUCUUCAAUAGAUGCAAGGGAAAUAAAAGCACAAAAGGUGAAAAAAUCCAUGCAUGCUGCUAGUCCGAUCUUACGAGAAAGCACUUUACCGGUUCAAAAAACUCAACUAACCGGCCAAAUUCCACCUACAACGUCAAUGAAUGUAAGAACGAACGCAAACGUGAAUAAUUCCUCUUGA